GAGAAUCAAGGGGCCGGCGCCUCUGGUUUAACCGUCACCCCAGGAGCAUCAACAACCAAUGGUAGAAGCGAGGCCGACGUGCACAUGGCUGAUGACCUGGAUUAUGAGCCCUCAGAUGCCUCUAGCUAUGACCCUGCAGCGGCUCUACUCGAUGCCAUCUCCCAGCCCUCGAAAAAAAGGCGACAGUCAAUAGAUUUCAAGGCUGUCCAGCAAACUAAGAAAGUUAGGCUUGACAAAGCCGAUCUUCCAGGCCUGCCGGCUCAAAGUCUUGUGAAGGAUCGAGCCAAGCAGCUCCCGGAACAGAUAUGGCAACAUAUCUUCACUCUUGUACCACCCAGAGACCUGGGUCGUUUGUUGGCUGUCAACAAACUAUUCCAUGCCUUUCUUAGCCCCCUUUCCACUCAUUCCCCAGUGUGUUAUAAUGAUAGACCGUCAUCCUUUCCUUUACUGAAGCCAGAUGCCAUCUGGCAAGCUUCAAGAAGACUGUUUUGGCCGCGCAUGCCUGCACCCCUAAAGGGGAAAUCGGAGAUUCAGAUGUGGCGUCUCGUUUGUUCUGUGUCUUGCCAACUCUGUGGUUUGCAGAUCCAGAAAAAGCUACCAUCUUCGAACAACGAAGCUUGGUGUCGUGGUCCAGGUCCAAGUGACGUCUGUCCCAUUUUCCCCUUUUGUGUCUUCGCUUGCGGAAAUUGCCUGAAGAAAAAGGGCAUCAAGGAACUAGAACUUCUCUUGUCUUCUUCAUUUCCUUCUGUUCUGCUCCCAGGUCUUCCUCCGGUACUUGUGGAUGCCGAUAUGCAUGUAAUACAUCCCCGUGCCAUACAGGCGGGAACUGUGCCGCCACACAUCCAGGUUACCAAACUCUUCUGGUCGGAGCAUGUUGAACAAAUCAAGCUGGAAUUCGAAAACGUCAAGGCGCUAGGGUCUGCUGCUGCCGAAGAGUGGAUAAAAGGUCUAGAGAUCCGAGGAAAGCAGGCUCUAGCCGAUGCCUCUCGUUGGGAAAAAUGGGCUGGUUCAGGUGGGAUGGCUCAGUUUCAGGCACCGAAGACUGCUGCCAAACCAGAAGCUCCAUUCUCAUUUACGCCUCUGGCUAUUUCAGCUCCCCUUAGUAAGACUUCAUCAGCUCCCGCUCAAUCAAUCGGUGAGCACCAUCGCCAAACACCUGUUGCAGAUGACACCCGUGGAUCAAUGGUGCAAUUGGAGGCUAACCUCCACCCCUUACGCACCCCAGUUCAGCAAAAACGGACGAAGGAGGAGGCGGCUCACCUCAAGGCUCAAAGACGGACCGACAUUGAGAAUCGAGCCAUGCUUCUUGAUCCUCCGUUGACUGCGAAUGUUCUGGCUCAUAUUCCAUCUUUUCAGGCAGCACUUCAACUUAUCACGCCGCUUGAUGAUCACGCAUGGGAACUCUUGAAGCCCCGUCUUCUCGCUCAGAGGGUAGAAGCGGAGCUGCGAGAGAAGCAAAGUUGUAGCAACCUUCAAACACUUGGAGACAAGCUUCCGACGAUGGAGGCUGAUAAAAAGCCCGCUAGGGAACCAAGAGAAGUUACAGACCAGGAAUGGGAUGAUAUCCAGGGGCCCGUUCGAGCGCGCAUAUCGGAAUAUGCAGACGAAAUCAUCGAAGGAUGGAACAACGGCGCCAAGGUCAAGAGAAAGAAUUGUCCACAAUAUGCCGCAGAUGUGCUGCUUUACGUUCGUAAAAGGUUCUAUGCCGAAGUUGCAAAGGACACUGCUGCCACAAUCGCAGCAGGGAAGAAGCCGAUUGUCGAGCCCCUAGAGGGGCCUUGGACUCAACGGUUGACACUGGAGAACAUGAAGUGGGUCUUUGAUGUCAAGGUCAAGCCCCGUACCGAACCUAUGCGCAAGGAGUUGUUUCUUUGUAACAGCUGCCUCGGUGUGAAUGGAGUCUUGAAAUUCUUUGGAUUCGAGGGUGUGCUUCAACACUAUGCAGCCAAGCACACAGCUGCUCUCAGUCUGGGUAAUGUUGUCGUGCACUGGAGAGCGGAGUGGCCAGAAGUGCCUCCUUUUAGUCCUGACCCUCUCGCCAAAGAGAAAGCCUAUUAUGACAACGAGCCACGCAACUCACUCGCGUCAAAUGUUCCAAUUCAACAAAGCUAUUCUGUCUUUCAACCUGGUACACCAGCAGGAUAUGCUCUGCCUGUUUACGGCGCAGAAGCACCGCCAUUCUCGUUUUACAGUUCCAGGCCUCCAAUUCCUCCUGUAUCUGUAUACGGGCAAAAUUCAGCCCAUACCUACGGUCCAUCUUACUCAACAACAACAUAUUACGACCCUGCAACAUAUUCUUCAUACCCAGGACCGUUUUCUUCGGGCAUGGCACAUGGCUCUCAAGGACAAUUGAACAGCUACACAAGACCUCCGGUUCCAGUUCCUAACCCUUCCGAGUUUGUAUCAUAUUCCAACUACUACGAUAGCAAUAACAUCGCCUCAGCCAACAGCACUCAUCAAUACCAACAUGAAAGUUUCAUCAGGAGCACUCAAUCUGUCUGGUCAAAGGUUGGGCAUCAUAAGAAGAUCCCACCUGCAGUUAGGGCUUACGUCGCCAUUUACCAUGCUAACAAACUGUUCGAGGAGUCUGAGAGCGAGAUCCUACCGUUGUCGCUGUUCAUUGAAGCCACGUCGAAAAAUAAGAAAUUACGCAGUCUGAGGGCUCUCAACGGAGUUUCUUGCAAGGUGUGCAACGACGACAACAUAUUUCACGUACCUCAACUCGCCAGACAUUUUGAAUCAGAACAUGUCGAAAAGCCAAGGAGCCAAGGACGAGCACAUAUGGAUUGGCGAACAGAAAUGAUAAAAAUGCCUGAAAACGAGCGAAUGGCUGGACUGGAAAUCAAGACUCGGGGAGACUCUGUCUUGUACACUCUUGUUAAGGAGGCUCUUCCCUGGGCAUUCGAACAAGCCUUCAUAGACAAAUAUGCUUCGAAGCCUGCGCAAACAACACCCGAUAAGACACCACCUCCGCGAGUGUCAGUGCAGGCGCCAGCUCAGAUCUUCACUACUAUGCCAAACAAUCGAUCAAGGGAAGAACGCCAGCAAAGUGAUGUCGGGCAUGUGAGGGAGCAAACGCAGCAGCCGGGUCAUGCGGAUCUGGGAAGUCAGUCCUUAGCAUCAAGUCGACUAGACCUGCGCCUUUCUGCACAUAUCGAGUCUGAGCCAGACAUACCGCAUCUUCGUCCAGCAAGCGAGGUUUAUGGUCGAAAGAUGGUCGGGGCUAGAAGGACACAGGGGAAACCUGCAUCCCAAGCCGCUGAUAGUGCUUCAACAUUUGGCAACUACUCGCCAUCGGACUUCGAAAAGUUUCAAGAUCCACAUAAUAGAAGCAACAAGGUUGACGUCGGGGUCGAGACUGAGCAGGAAGUCACCACUUAUCAUGUUUCAUAUCCCACAGGGCCGCGGAACAAGGCUCAUUGGCGCGAAGAAAAAUCAUCCGAUUACCGUGACGUCCGAGAACAGCGUUAUUCGGACCCAGAACCAGCUAGUCCACGUAACAGAAGCGCAUCGGUUGGCGACCGGCCUCAAGACCAUCAUCCGUUAGUGGCCACCUCGGUCGCUGCAGCACCCAGCUACGCGGAGGUCGAAAGAAGGGGGCGUGAAGAGCCUCAUGUGGCUCAGAACCACCAGAUAGUUGAAGAGGAGGUCAUCUACGUAGAUGAAUCCGGACGGGAGAUUGGAAGAGGUCUUAGAGCCCGAAAUACCCUACCACAGGAAUCCAGAUAUGGCCCGGUCAACGCUGAAAGGUUUGGCGAGCAUGCCCGACCUUCACCCUCAUGGUUUAACAACCAUAACCAAUUCUAUUAUAGAGAACUUAGCCCUCGGUCUCAAUAUGCACCACCAGAACGCCACUUCGAUCCUCCAGCUAAUUCCGAUCAUGUCUAUUAUAAUCGUCACAGUACUCGUCCUCCGCUAGAGCAUUCAGAUGCAUAUGAAGUCGUCGAGGUUAAUCAUCCAGACGGCGACUACUUCAUCAGGCGCCCUGUACGACAGGUUGACAGGCCAUACCAUGCCUAUGAGACUAGACAGCCACGACCAGAGCAGAGCAUAUUCCCUCAACGAGGAAUAGCUCAAGGCCCUUCGGGCUACAACUUGAGUCAUGAAGCAGAUCCUCAUAUUCCGAGUCGGCCUGCUCUUAUGCCUAAUUAUAACGACAACCCACGAUAUCCUUCUUGUGCAACAGGGGGGGCACCAGCGGACCAUGGGAACCAGCGAUGAUCUACUCAAUGCACUCCAGUGUCGUAAUGGAGGAAAGAUGACACCAACUAACUAGUGCCGGUUCGUGUAUACAUAUCCAUAUAU